AUGGCAUUUCACAAAUUGAACACUGACGUUUUUGUCAACAACUCCAUGGAACGAAGUGAAAACUAUCCAGAUAUAGCGGAGAGUUUCGACCAUAAUCUUAGAACCCGACUCUCGAGUAAGAAAAGUGAUUCGGUAUUCACAAGAAAAGGGAAUGUUAAACGGGGGAUAAAAGAUUCGCUGCUGCUUUACGAAGGCCAGUCGUUUGAGUUGGGAAACGUCAAUGCUGCCGUCAAUGUCCCACGCAGACAUAUGAGUGGUGCCAAAGACUGUUUUGAUUCGUCAAUCGGCAAUUUCGAGAAGUGUGCAGGUGGAAAGCAUGUUUGGUAUCGUGAGGAUGAUAGCUUUACAGGCAGGAGGAUGGAGGAUGGCGCAAGGAGACUGAGCGCUACCAAUUCCGUCCACAUAAGAGAUGUGAUUGAAAAUGCAACCCACUCAAUCGCUAGGAGCCAGAAGGCUUGCUUAGGGAUCAAAGGUAGACUGAACAAGUACUGCUCUUCAAACUCUAUUCACAUGCCAGGCAGCUUCUCUGGCAUCGAUGUAGAUGCUGAAAACAUCGCUCCGCAAGAUCUAGGUCGAAGAUCUGAAGCGAAUGACCAAUUGGAGCAGUACCACUCAGUGGAACCUAUACAAUAUCUAUCAAGGCUGUUGGUUUCCCCGGUGAUUAUAAAAGCAGCGUAUUUUUUGUUGGCCCACUGGGCCACGCUCGAAUGUGAUAGCUACUCAUUUGUCGACACAUGUGCAAUGGUUAUCAACUCCAGGGCUUCAUGGUUUACAUUGUCUCAAUUGGACAACCUUAUUCUUGAAGUAAUAGAGGCGUGGUUGCUUAUCAAGGCAGCUCCCAUUCUCGUUAAAACGCCGUGGAGAUUCUAUGAUAUCGCUAGCCGCUACCAAUCUUGUUCCAAAAUCCAUGAGGGUAUGUAUGACUGGGGCGAUCGAACCGCUGUGCAAGAAUUAACCAGGCUCUGCAAACGUCACGGUAAGCUCGGUUCGCAGCUUUACCGAACUAGCUUGAUUGUCCUAAUUAUGUCGCCACUUGGAUUAACCCUGGGAGCUCUGGCAGGGCAUGCUAUUACUUUCAAGUUGACCACCUACGAAUUAACAGCAAGCCCGAGAUGGACUGUAUACUGGUCACUAAUGUCAAUUGCAUUCUCACCCUCCCAAUUUGCACUGCUGAUAUGGUGUUUGUGGUGUCAAUACUUCAAGGAUACUUUGGAAUAUCUCGAAAACUACGUGGUCAGACAACAUCAGGCCUUUGUGAAGGAUAUUGACUUUAUCGCUGAUCAACUUGACAAAACUCAGCAAACAAACUCGGCUCAUCUGGAUGCUGGAACGAGGCAAAUGGGGUUUUGCGAAAGCCAGAUUCGUCCCUCAAGGAUAUUUCACCAACGUCGGGAUUUCCAAAAUACCCACCCCAUUCACUCCCCCCAUUCAAAUAGCCAGUUACCUUCUUUUGCAAUGGCUGCCUACGAAAGUCCUCUGACAGGCAAGAAACCUAUAGAUUCGCCAAUCUCAACAAUCCAGCCUGUUUCCCCUAUGCCCGGCCCUUUCAGGACAGAAAGAUCCCCUGGCAAGCCAUCUUUUCUCAAUCGUGUGUUCGCAUUCUCGGGGCGUCUCCCCAUUCACGUCCUGGCACUCCUUUAUCGUGUUACACACAGGACAGUUAAGGUGCUGAUAUUCUCGUUAUUUCUAUCGUACUGGAUAGUGAUAGGAAAAAGCCGUCAUUCGUCUUGA